AUGAGGAAAUUAUGGGAAAUGAAGAAAAAAGAUGCUGAAAGAGAAAAAAGCUCUUCAGGGAUUAGUCCUGCUCAAAUUCGUAUACAAAAAGACAUUUCAGAACUGGAUGUGCCCUCUACUAUGUCGACAAGCUGGCCAGAUGUGACCAAGCUUCAUGAAUUGCUAUUGGAAAUUCGUCCAGAUGAGGGAUAUUAUUAUGGUGGAAAGUUCCAGUUUUCAAUUCACAUUGAUAGCAAUUAUCCACACGAUCCUCCAAAAGUGCGAUGUCUUAACAAGAUCUACCAUCCCAAUAUUGAUACACAAGGGAAUGUUUGUCUAAACAUCCUAAGACAAGAAUGGAAUCCAGUGCUCAAUCUAAAUUCUAUUUUAGUAGGCCUCCAAUUUUUAUUCCUAGCACCCAAUGCUGAAGAUCCGCUCAAUAAAGAAGCUGCUGCUGACUUACGGAAUGACCCUAGAGGCUUUGGAGCACGAGUAAAAACUUCCAUGCGAGGUGGAACUGUACAAGGCGAUAGUUUUGACAAUGUUCUUCUUUCAUAA